CUGUACUCCAUAUUAUAGGUUGAGUUGGCGGAAGUAAGUAGCUUUGGUGAAGUUGUUACAUUUUAUUACAGGAUUCGCAGUUUAGGCUAAAGUAGCUUAGUGUUGAGUAGUGUUAUCAGUGAUUGAUCUGCGGGUGUACGUUAGCGUAAGAUGCGCUUCGAUUGAAACUCUCUUUGAACCGCUUAUUUCAUUCCAAUUGCAAUGGCUCAGAUUCCCAACCUGGACAAUGCCCCCAUCAAUCUCAUUUCAAUCAGGGAACAAUCCCAAAAGGAGCUCAUCAACAUCCUCAAGAACAUUCGAGGGAAGAAGUGUUUGGUUAUCGAUCCGAAGCUAGGGGACUCUCUCUCUCUCAUCAUACAGACAUCGUUACUCAAGGAGCAUGGAGUUGAAUUGCGGCAUCUUUCGGCUGACCACAUUCAAACUGACUGCACCAAAGUGGUCUACCUCGUGCGAUCUCAGCCUAAUUUGAUACGACAUAUAUGUUCUAAUAUUCACCAUGACGAAUCAAAAGGACUACAAAGAGAAUAUCAUGUUUAUUUUGUCCCCCGCCGCACUGUUGUUUGUGAGAAAGUUCUUGAGGAAGAGAAAUUACAUAACAUGGUUACAAUCGGGGAGUAUCCCUUGUAUAUUGUACCAAUGGAUGAGGAUGUACUAUCAUUUGAGCUUGACCUUGCUUACAAAGAGUGCCAAGUUGAUGGUGAUACAAGCUCGCUUUGGCAUAUCGCAAAAGCAAUUCACAAACUUGAGUUUUCCUUUGGAGUGAUACCAAAUCUGAGGGCAAAAGGAAAAGCAUCUGUGCGUGUUGCAGACAUCCUAAACCGGAUGCAGGCUGAGGAACCAGUCAACUCAUCUGACAUGGUUAUGCCAGAGAUAAACACACUAAUCCUUUUAGAUAGAGAGGUGGAUAUGGUUACUCCUUUGUGUUCUCAAUUAACAUAUGAAGGAUUACUUGAUGAGUUUUUGAAUAUCAAGAAUGGUUCUAUAGAGCUUGAUGCAUCUAUUAUGGGACUUCAGCAAGAGGGGAAAAAAACUAAAGUUCCACUUAAUUCAACUGACAAGCUCUUCAAGGAGAUACGGGAUCUCAACUUUGAAGUUGUUGUCCAGAUUUUGCGUCAAAAAGCUACAUCCAUGAAGCAAGACUACACUGAGAUGACGACUACUUCACAAUCAGUUUCCGAGUUGAAGGACUUCGUGAAAAAGCUGAACUCAUUGCCAGAAAUCACUAGACACAUAAAUCUCGCUCAGCAUCUGACAACAUUCACAUCAAAGCCUUCAUUUCUGGGGCAGCUUGAUAUGGAACAUACAAUUGUUGAGUCUCAGAGUUAUGACAUAUGCUUUGACUAUAUUGAAGAGUUGAUCCACAAGCAGGAGCCUUUGACAACAGUCCUGCGCCUUCUAAUCCUAUUUUCCGUUACUAAUUCUGGGUUGCCAAAGAAGCAUUUCGACUACUUAAGGAGAGAACUACUACAUAGCUAUGGAUCUGAGCACAUAACAACCCUAAAUAAUUUAGAGAAAGCUGGGCUCUUUAAAAAGCAGGAGUCAAGGAGCAACUGGCUUACCAUAAAACGUGCUCUGCAGCUUGUGGUUGAAGACACUGAUACAGCCAACCCCAAUGAUAUCUCUUAUGUCUUCUCUGGAUAUGCACCACUUAGCAUUCGGCUGAUCCAGCAUGCCAUUCGAUCUGGAUGGCGUCCUGUUGAAGAAAUUUUGAAGCUGCUACCUGGACCUCACCUGGAAACAAAGAGGGGUGCAUUCUCAAAUAGCCCAUCAUUUGACUCUUUAUCAGGGGUUUCAACCGGCAUAGCCAAAGUACCUGAUGGGAGGCGUGCCCUGGUGCUUGUUGUCUUUGUUGGAGGCGUUACCUUUGCAGAGAUUUCUGCUCUUCGGUUUCUCUGUUCUCAGGAAGGCAUGGCAUAUGAUUUAAUCAUUGCAGCGACAAAAAUAGUCGAUGGACAAACUUUGGUCGAGACAUUUAUGGAGAAGCUAGGUUGAUCAAUCAUUGCAGUUCUUUUUUUUUCAUUUUUUUAACUUUUAUUUUUUAUAAACUAAAUUCUCUUUCCCGGCUUAGGGAGGUGAGUUUAUGUUUGAUGAUGCCAAAUGAAAGCUAUAUGCAGCCUAAUCGAGUUCUUCUAGAGUGAUGCUUAACCGAUGUUUAUUGAUGUUGUAAAAUAAGUGAGGCCUGGAAUAUGAGAGUUGUUUUUAUUUAGUUCUACUAUCGUAUAUUUGCUUACUUUUAUCUGGUUCUUUAAUAGAAUCUUGGUGUCUCUUCCAUGGCUUAAGAUUUCUAGAGAUAGUAAAGUGUGAUGAAUUGUUAAUUGAACUACAUUUGACAAGGAACCUUAAUUUGUAUUAAAAAAAGUUAAAAAAAGAGACCCAACCAUUAGCAAUGAUUAC